GGCUAUCUAGUCUCACUAUUAAAGAUCAAUUGCAUUGAAAUUAAUGAAAAUAUUGCAGAUCUUUCCAAAAUUUCUCCUGGUAGAUCCCAAAAGAAGCAAACCCUGAUCGUUAAUCCGAGAUGAAUAGCCGUCACGUCGCAUAAGCUGGUAGCAAGAUAAAAGAGAAAUCCUCCCCUUUUUUCACACUCAUAUUCACCCAUUUGCACUGAGGAGGAGAAAAUUCCCAAUCAGUUUGUGGUGUGACAAUGUUGAGAGAUUUUCUAUUGUUGUGCCUCGUUUCCAAUUUCAUGGUCCCUGCAAUAUCCUCAGGGAUCAAACAAUGGGUACCAAAUUUCUCAUUCACCGACCCUCGGAUGUGGACUCAGGCCCAUCUCCCCUGUGCUGAUCAAUUAAUCCUCUUCCCUGCCUACUUCUACACAGCCCUCGACUUGCCACAGAGUCUCACGAUCCGUGGCACGGUUCUGCCCAUUUUUGGUGCACUGACCCUCCCAUCGAGUGGUCAGAUCAACUUCAACAACGAUCCUGCCACAAAUUGUGAGGCUUCCAAUUCCCGAGACACCGUGGCGAUCUUUAAACGUCCCGAAAGACAUUUUUGGCUCCUUUCGCACAAUUGGCGCGAAAUUGAUCAAGAUGGUGCCCCCAUGAGGAUUAACAAGGCAAUUCCUCAUCUCGAUCGAAUUCCCUGCACCUUCGAUGAGGUGAGAUUUCCUCAGGAUAGGAAUUUUGUCGUUGACCUCCAGCUGACACCCCGGGUGGAUUUUGCAAUCAUACAGCUACAUGCUCAGUAUGUGCAACCCAUGGAAUUUGAGAGAUUCCUUCUAAAUCGUGAUGGGCAAAUGAUGUUCAAGAAUGGCGAAAUGGUUCGUGUGCGAUCAGAUCAGGAGGACACAGAGGAAAGUCCCUGCCAUGCAGAACCCUUUCAAUACUCGGAAGUUCUACUGUGUCAGAAUGAGAAGGAUUUCUGUGAAGUUCCUCAGUGCCUAAAUCCCAUCAAACCCCGAGGAUUUUGCUGUGAUAUCUGUGGAGCAUCCCUCCUCAUGGACAUGCAGAAAAAUCAUUUAAGUUUGAAAAUUCUGCGAAAUGUAAUCGAUCCCAACUUGCGGAGUCUCGGAGAAGCCCAUGAGAUUGACUACUUUUUGGGAAUUGUUGUGAUUGAGGGGAGGAAUUUUAUUCAACUGGUCAUAACGGAUGUGGAGGAGUACGAUGAGAAGAGCACAAAGGUCAUGAAAGCUCUGCAAAAUUCUAUUAUUCAUCCCUAUGCUCAAGAAAAUGUAAACUUGACCCUCUCGGGAAGACCCUACAAGCCAAGCGAAAGGAGAUCCUUUUGGAAUUUCAUUUUUCUUCCAUUCCUCUCCGUUAUUUCUGCCCUCCUCCUCAUCUACGCUUACUACUACAAAAUUGAUGAUGGAAAACUUCACGUACUCACCUGGGAAAUCCCAAUUCCUCCUCCUGAGAGGCUACGGUCCAUCUUCACUUCGUGGAAUUCUCAGUUUAUUUUUGCACGCUUUGAGAAUACUCGCGAUGAUGGUGAAACAAGCAUAGCUGAGCUGCAAAUUCAUCCUGGAACAUCAACAACAAAUCCACCCACAUCUCCAAGUGAUGAGGUUGAGUCCCAAAUUCAACUUGUCACUGAAGAGAAGCAGGAAGAUGUGGAAAAUUUACUUAAUGUUGAUUUGGAUCAUUAAUCCAGAUAAAAUUUAAAAUAUUGAGAUUUUUUUUGCUAGAAAUCCACCUUUAUUUCCCACUCGGAUAUAAAAUAAAUCAACUCUGGGGAUUCAUUAAAAAAAAAAAGCUAGGAGACCUUCAUAAGAGAAAAGGGAAUUAUGACAAAAAAAUGCGAUGAAUAACAAUGAAUUAAUGUGAUGAAUGUCUUGAAUUUAAUCAGCCGUUGCAUCGGGAUGCCUUUCGAGAAUCAUUGCAACACCCUGUCCGCCAGCAGCACAGGCUGCAACCAAACCAAUUUGUCCAUUCUCCCGAACAAGACGAUUGGCCUACAAAGUAUGUUUUUAAGAAUAAAAUUCUUUCAAGAA